CCGCGGAGCGCGAGGGUGCUGGGAGCCAGAGGGUCCGCAGGGCGCAGGGUCGGAGCCGUGGGCCGUGAGCAGUAUGUGGGGGAUCUUCGCCUACAUGAACUACAGGGUGCCCCGGACCCGGAGGGAGAUCUUCGAGACCCUCAUCAAGGGCCUGCAGCGGCUGGAGUACAGAGGCUACGACUCCGCGGGUGUGGCGAUCGAUGGGCACAGUCAGGAGGUCAAAGGAAGACAGAUCCAGCUGGUGAAGAAGCAGGGGAAGGUCACGGCUCUGGACGAGGAGCUUCACAAACAAGACAACAUGGACCUGAAGGUGGAGUUUGAGACUCACUUCGGCCUCGCCCACACGCGCUGGGCCACCCACGGGGUCCCCAAUGCCGUCAACAGCCACCCCCAGCGCUCAGACAAGGGCAACGAGUUCGUCGUCAUCCAUAACGGGAUCAUCACGAACUACAAAGACCUGAAGAAGUUUCUGGAGAGCAAGGGCUAUGAGUUUGAGUCCGAGACCGACACGGAGGCCAUCGCCAAGCUGAUCAAGUACGUGUUCGACCACAGAGAGGCCGAGGACGGCACGUUCUCCAUGCUGGCCGAGAGGGUCAUCCAGCAGCUGGAAGGUGCCUUUGCGCUGGUUUUCAAGAGCAUCCACUACCCAGGAGAAGCCGUGGCCACCAGGAGGGGCAGCCCUCUGCUCAUCGGCGUUCACAGCAAGUACAAGCUCUCCACCGAGGAGGUCCCCAUCGUGUACCGCACAUGCAACAUCGAGAACGCGAAGAACGCCUGUAAGUCGAGGGUGAAGAGGCUCGACAGCACGACCUGCCUUCACGCCGAGGGUGACAAAGCAGUGGAGUUCUUCUUCGCUUCUGAUGCAAGUGCCAUCAUAGAGCACACCAACCGCGUCAUCUUCCUGGAGGACGACGACAUAGCCGCAGUGGCUGAUGGGAAGCUGUCCAUCCACCGGGUCAAGCGCUCGGCUGGCGACGACCCGUCUCGGGCCAUCCAGACCUUGCAGAUGGAGCUGCAGCACAUCAUGCGAGGCAACUUCAGCGCGUUCAUGCAGAAGGAGAUCUUCGAGCAGCCGGAGUCGGUCUUCAACACCAUGAGAGGCCGGGUGGACUUCGAGACCAACACAGUGCUCCUGGGGGGCCUGAAGGACCACCUGAAGGAGUGCCGCCGCCUCUUCGUGAGCGGCUGCGGGACCAGCUACCACGCCGCUGUGGCCACGCGGCAAGUCCUGGAGGAGCUGACGGAGCUCCCGGUGAUGGUCGAACUCGCCAGUGACUUUCUGGACAGGAACACGCCGGUCUUCAGGGACGACGUGUGCUUCUUCAUCAGCCAGUCCGGCGAGACGGCAGACACCCUCCUGGCACUCCGCUACUGUAAGGACCGUGGUGCCCUGACCGUGGGCGUCACCAACACCGUGGGCAGCUCCAUCUCCCGGGAGACCGACUGUGGCGUCCACAUCAACGCAGGGCCCGAGAUCGGCGUGGCCAGCACCAAGGCCUACACCAGUCAGUUCGUCUCGCUGGUGCUGUUCGGCCUGAUGAUGUCCGAAGACCGGGUCUCCCUGCAGACCAGGAGGCAGGAGAUCAUCCGCGGCCUGAAAGAGCUCCCCGAGCUGAUCAAGGAAGUGCUGUCCCUGGACACGAAGAUCCACGGCCUGGCCCUGGAGCUGUACACACAGAGGUCGCUGCUGGUGAUGGGGCGGGGCUACCACUACGCCACCUGCCUGGAAGGAGCCCUGAAAAUCAAGGAGAUCACCUACAUGCACUCAGAGGGCAUCCUGGCCGGGGAGCUGAAGCACGGGCCCCUGGCGCUGGUCGACAAGCAGAUGCCUGUCAUCAUGGUCAUCAUGAAGGACCCUUGCUUCACCAAAUGCCAGAACGCCCUGCAGCAGGUCACAGCCCGCCAGGGGCGCCCCAUCAUCCUGUGCUCCAAGGAUGACACUGAGAGCUCCAAGCUGGCGUACCGAGCGAUCGAGCUGCCGCGCACAGUGGACUGCCUGCAGGGCGUCCUGAGCGUGGUCCCGCUGCAGCUGCUGUCCUUCCACCUGGCUGUCCUGCGCGGAUACGACGUUGACUUCCCCCGAAACCUGGCCAAGUCAGUAACCGUGGAGUGAGAAGUGGCCGUCCCCGUCUGACUCAGGACGUCCUGCCACGGGGCCGCCGCGUGCACAGAGAAGCGGGCGCUGGGCGCUGCCCGCACAGCCCGGCAGCAUCGCUGCCUUGUACCCAAGUGCUUUGGCUUACAGCAGAUACUGUCUCUCUGCGACCCGCUUCCCCAGAGGAGAAGGGAAAGGGAAUUGUUUCCACGUGGGAUCAGAGUGGACUCACCCACUACUGUGCAAUAGAGACCCAGUUCCCUUCGGAGUAACUGUGAGCCUUUAAAGCAGCACUAGUUAGCUGUAACAAAGUAUUUAUAAUGACGACUGUAUAGCUUCUAAGUUAUUUUUCUAAUAUGUGGCUUUCUGUGGCCACGGGAAUGCCUGGGAAUGCCCGGAUGUACCCCGCUCCCAGCUGUGUGGCCCUGGGCUGCGCCUGUUUCGUCUCAGACGGGGCAUGCGCCUCAGCCCCCUGGCCCUCUCCUUUCCCUUCCUCUCUGGGCUGCUCCAGAGCCUCACCCCUGAUGGUGGUGGAGCCCGCAGCCACCCUCUGCCGCCUCCAAGUGCCAUGACUUCUCAACUUCUGGCAGCAUCUCCUCCUGUCCACGCCCACAUCCCUCCAGUCCCCCGACUUCUGUUUCGCCUGCUCCCGGCUCUCUUUAAGCCCAGGCAGCAUUUUGGUCCUGCUCCCUGUCUACAGCAGGACAGCUGGAACUGUCCACAAGAAGGUGGUUUCCAGGGCCCUUGCUCUGUUUAAAGCGUGCACACGUACUAUGCGAAUUUAAGACAAUAAAGACGGUACGACUGCUUGUC